AUGCCAACAUCAAAGCCCCAUUCCUUGCCCUCUGAGGGGCGGUCCUCAAGCAUAAAAUGUUCAGGUUUUCCCAUGUUUGGGGUCUUUCUUGAUUCUGAACGCUCGGAUGCAGAUUGUCCUUUUCUUUGCAAAGAAAAUAAAACCUUGUCGGCCGGCAGAAGUCUCUAUUUCAUUAUUCACCAGCAGCGACGGAAGAGAAAAACUUCCACGACAGACAUGAAGAAGCUCCUCCCUCCUGCGGCCAACACUCAUGCACCUUAUUUUGAACAGAUGAGCCCAGAAGGACACACUGUGCUGCUCUGGUAUUUAUCAAAAAGUUUUUUGGCGUUGAUGGUCUUGAGUAUAGAGCUGGACUUGCGGUUUGCAGUGCAAUAG